GAGAUCAAGACUGCAAACUGUUUUAAAAAAAGCUUUGCGAAACAAAAUCAAAUAAAAUCAUCCACAAAGAAGAGGGAAUUGGAGAAGCAAGAUGAUGACGGGUGAUCAUGUGAAGGCAUCAAGAAGCAGUCAUCAUGAUGAGGUGCCACUAAGUCCAGCAGCUCGGUUCUUUCAAGCGCCACGCUUUAACGUUUAUAUCAUUGCCAUCGUGGGGUGCAAGACAAGAAUCAAUACUGACGUUGUUAAUGCUGGUUUGGAGAAAACUUUGGUCAAGCAUCCUAGAUUCUCCAGCAAGAUGGUCGUUGAUGGCAACAAGUACUGCAAAAAUAAAAAAUGGACUCAGACGAAAGUAAAUCUGGAGGAUCAUAUUAUUGUUCCGGAAUUGGACCCCAACAUAGAGUUUCCAGACAGAUUUGUUGAAGACUACGUGUCAAAUGUCACAAGAACUCCCUUGGACCUCUCUAAACCAUUAUGGGAACUCCACCUUCUCAACAUCAAAACCUCAGAUGCAGAGGCUGUUGGGGUCUUUAGGAUUCACCACUCCAUGGGCGAUGGUGCAUCCCUCAUAUCCCUUCUCCUAGCCUGUACACGGAAAACCUCUGACCCAGAAGCAUUGCCUAGUGUUCCAGUGAAAAAAGGAGCAGGUUCAACGUUUAACUCGGCGGCUGGAUUUUGGUGGUUCUUUUCAGCAAUUUGGCUGUUUUUAAGGUUGAUUUGGAACACUAUGGUGGAUGUCUUGCUGUUUGUGGCGACCACUUUAUUUCUGAAAGACAUGAAAACUCCAAUCAAAGGUGCACCUGGGGUUGAGCUGAACGUAAAAAAGUUCGUGCAUCGGACAGUCAGCUUCGACGACAUAAAGCUCGUGAAGAAUGCAAUGAACAUGACCGUAAACGAUGUUGUUACUGGAAUAACUCAAGCUGGCCUAUCGAGAUAUCUGAAUCGUAGAUAUAUUCACUCAUCAUGUAUAGGUGAGGAGAAGAAAUUAGAUGGGCAAGUGAAGCAAAGCAAUAGUAAUAUCCCUAAAGGUAUCCGCCUUAGGACAGUCAUUCUCGUCAAUCUCAGAAAGUCUGCAGGAAUACAGGUUGCUGCUGCGAUAAUACGCCGAGCACUCUCCAAUAUAACAAUGGCUAUUUCUGGAGUGGUGGGUGCGCAAGAAGAAAUUAGCUUUUAUGGCCAUCCAAUUGAUUACCUUGCUCCUACUAUUUAUGGGUUCCCAAUGUCAUUGGUUGUCCAUUAUCAAAGUUAUGCGAACAAGAUGACUAUUUCUUUGUCUGUUGACCCAAGUGUGAUUCCUGAUCCUCACGAGCUCUGUAACGAUAUAGAAGAAUCACUCAAACUCAUCCGACAUGCUGUAGUCAAUAAAGGAUUUGUCAAGGAUGUUGUCUAAAGAUUGAUCUUGCGAGUCCAGAAGAUCCACUCAAUUGGAAGUGAUAAAUAAAGGAUGUUAAUAUAUAGCUAAUGUAAGAACUCAAGCGAGUUCUCACAAUAGCAGUGUGAUGCAUGUGUUAAAAAAAUGUGUGUUAAAUAGAUCUUCUCUAAAUAAAUGAGACCUACAAUAUUUAUAUGGACAGGAAUAAAUAUUAUAAAACGUGUUUGAUA